AUGACCGAACCUGCAGCGGCGUGGGACGCGCGACUGAAAUCCCUGCAGGAAUUGACGUUGCGCGACAAGGCGUGGCGUUACCAGGGCGAGGGCAACGCCAACGUGGUUUUGUCGGUUCCCGCCGACGGGACAGUGGUGAGGGUGAUGAAAGAGGGCGAGGGCGGCGGCGCUGAAACUACGGCGGCCGAAACACUGUCCUUGCGGUUGCGCUUUUGCGACGCUGUCAGGCGUACAUUCUUCGACGGUGGUGGCUGCCACGUAGACGUGCCCGUACCGAUGCGCGUGUCCGCUGAAGAGUUGCGCGAAAUCGACCGGGUCAUCCGGCCGCACAGGCCACCGGGCCGGCGGCACAAGGGCCUCGGGUUAGCCGGGUGUCUGGUGGCCGUGUGCCCGGACUACACGGUGCUACCACCGACGGACGUGCCGGGCGUCUGGUGCGUCGAGAUCAAACCCAAACAGGGAUGGGUGCACGAGGACGACGUCGCGGUGGGCGGGGUGCGGACAAAGUGCCCGUUCUGCGCGCACCAGUACCUGAAGCUGUGCCGGGGUGACGUCCAGAGGCCGAGCGGGUACUGUCCGCUGGACAUGUUCUCGGGCCGCCGUGAACGGGUUCGGCAGGCCGUCCGCGCACUGCUCCGGGACCCGCAGAACAAUCUAAAAAUGUUUCUGGACGGCGACCCGCUCGCAGCCACGGACGACGGUUUCGGGGCCGCGGCGGGGGAGGCACGUGGCUCGAUCCGGCGGUUUUGCGCGUUGGUCGCGGGCGCUCUGCUCGGUGACUUCGAAGGCUACCCAGACGGACGUGACGGUUCGGAGGACGACAGCGAGGAGGAGGAGGAGCACCAUAGCGCCGCUUCGGGGGCUGUGCCGCCGGCGUCGUGCGACUUCGCGGGGGCGGUCCCGAUGCCCCGGCACUGCGUCCUGCACGAGAUCCUGACGAUGCAACAGAUGCAAACCUCCGGUUUCGCGGCCGUGUGUUCCGAGUACGACGGACGGCACCCACGCGACCCGCAGUUCGGCCACGUCGACCGCCUGCGGCUGAACGACGACGCCGCGGCCUGGACCUCGGUGGACGGAUAUCUGGUGGCCGCCACGGCGCGGGACUGUUCCGUGUACGUCACUUUCCGCGGGCGUCCCAGCAGUUCGUCGACCGCGGUACGCGUCAAGGUGUCCGACUUGGACCCGAAACCGUUGUCGACCGUUGACAAGCACAGGAAUCGCGACGCAAACGUUUCGUUGGCCUGCCGACAAUAUUCGGUCGGGUAG